ACAACAACAGCUUGGUAUAAAUACAGCCGCCCUUUGUUUUCGAGCUCAGACUCGUUUCCUGAAGACAGAAGAAAUUCAUUAUUUGUCGCCACCGUCAACAAAGAACAUUUGUUUCGUAAAGAUGCAGAUCUUCGUCAAGACCCUGACUGGCAAGACCAUCACCCUUGAGGUGGAGCCCAGUGAUACUAUUGAGAAUGUGAAGGCUAAAAUCCAAGACAAGGAGGGCAUUCCCCCAGACCAGCAGCGUCUGAUCUUCGCCGGCAAGCAGCUGGAAGAUGGGCGCACCCUGUCCGACUACAACAUCCAGAAGGAGUCCACCCUCCAUCUUGUGCUGCGUCUCCGUGGUGGUAUGCAGAUCUUCGUCAAGACUCUGACCGGCAAGACCAUCACCCUUGAGGUGGAACCCAGUGACACCAUUGAGAACGUGAAGGCCAAAAUCCAGGACAAGGAGGGCAUUCCCCCAGACCAGCAGCGUCUGAUCUUUGCUGGCAAGCAGCUGGAAGAUGGUCGCACUCUUUCCGACUACAACAUCCAGAAGGAGUCCACCCUCCAUCUUGUGCUGCGUCUCCGUGGUGGUAUGCAGAUCUUCGUCAAGACUCUGACCGGCAAGACAAUCACCCUUGAGGUGGAACCCAGUGACACCAUUGAGAACGUGAAGGCCAAAAUCCAGGACAAGGAGGGCAUUCCCCCUGACCAGCAGCGUCUGAUCUUUGCUGGCAAGCAGCUGGAAGAUGGGAAGACCCUGUCUGACUACAACAUCCAGAAGGAGUCCACCCUCCAUCUUGUGCUGCGUCUCCGUGGUGGUAUGCAGAUCUUCGCCAAGACUCUGACCGGCAAGACCAUCACCCUUGAGGUGGAACCCAGUGACACCAUUGAGAACGUGAAGGCCAAAAUCCAAGACAAGGAGGGCAUUCCCCCAGACCAGCAGCGUCUGAUCUUUGCUGGCAAGCAGCUGGAAGAUGGGCGCACCCUGUCCGACUACAACAUCCAGAAGGAGUCCACCCUCCAUCUUGUGCUGCGUCUCCGUGGUGGUAUGCAGAUCUUCGUCAAGACUCUGACCGGCAAGACCAUCACCCUUGAGGUGGAACCCAGUGACACCAUUGAGAACGUGAAGGCCAAAAUCCAAGACAAGGAGGGCAUUCCCCCAGACCAGCAGCGUCUGAUCUUUGCUGGCAAGCAGCUGGAAGAUGGGCGCACCCUGUCUGACUACAACAUCCAGAAGGAGUCCACCCUCCAUCUUGUGCUGCGUCUCCGUGGUGGCAACUAAGUGGCCUGUCUUCAGCCGCAAGCGAUGUCUCACUCCCCUGACCACCUUUAACCCCCCAUCUCCUAACCAGUAACAUCCUCGACACCACCCUCCCACUACAUACACGAGCAUCCUCCCACUACAUUCCUUUUUUCAUUUGAAUAAAGUUCAAGCAUUCCUGCAA